AUGACGGGCCCAGCUAAAGAGGCGGAUGGCCUGCUCAUCGAUGGCCGGCUGGUCAACGACGACACGGCGGCAGCCUCGGCGCUCUCCGACUUUCUGCGCUCCAACACCGAGCCCAUCAGCCGGCCGUCGUCGGCGGCCAGCAUGCGCAUCCGCGUCGACAAGCCGUCGAGCGAAGCCAUCAGCGGCCGCGCGCUCUACACGCACGUCCCCACCGGCUUUGAGGAGGAUCCGCUGCUGCAUCCCGACGACCAAGACGUCCAACCCGGCUCGAGCCGCUCGCCCUCCUCGUCGUCCUCCAGGCCAUACACGAAUGGCAACGCCAAGCCUGGGCAUCCGAAUCGUCGCUCGACGCGCGAUAGCAUCUCGACGACGUUUGCGCGCAGAGGAGGCGCACCUCCCUACUCGCGUCCCACGCUGUACUCGCGCGCGCGUCUGGUCGUCACCCAAACCACCGCCAACGUGCUCUCGUCGUUCUUCCUCGUGCUCGUCGUAGUGUGGGCGCUAUCUGUGCGGCUGCUCGCUGCGGUGCCCAAGUUCUUUGCCCCCUCAGUGGCGGAGCAAAAGCAGUGGGAUGAUCCCAAACGCUGGCGCAAGGAAAAGCUCGUCAAGGACGUGCGAUACUAUGCCGCACAGUGCGGAUUCGAGAUCAGGAACGAGACGGUCGAGACGCAGGACGGAUACUUUUUGCGCAUGAACCGCAUCAUUGAUCCGCAGACCACGCACCUCAAGCACUCGGACGGCCGCGGCGGGUUUCCCGUGCUCAUCAUGCACGGGCUCUUCCAGUCGAGCGGCUCGUUUGUCACCUCCGAAGAGAGGUCGCUUGCCUUUUGGCUUGCGCGCCACGGAGGAUACCAGGUGUUUCUGGGUAACAAUAGGGGCGUCUUCGAUAUGGGUCAUCGCACCUACAAACGAUCCGAUCCGAGGUUCUGGGACUACAACAUCCGCGAACUGGCCAUCUACGAUUUGCCCGCCAUGGUGGACUAUGUGUGCAAGGAGACCGGGUACGAUCGCAUCGCCUACAUCGGACAUUCGCAGGGGAACGGAACCAUGUUCAUCUCGCUCUCCAAGGGCAUGGUUCCCGAACUCGGGGCCAAGCUGAGCUACUUUGGGGCGCUGGCGCCUGCGGUGUAUGCGGGGCCGCUGACGUCGUGCUUUCCGUUUACGACGCUGGGACAGUUGGAGUGGGGCAGGUGGAAGAGGUUCUUUGGAGUGCUGGAUUUCAUCCCGCUCAUGAAGAUCUCGUACGACUGGACACCGGCGUAUCCGUAUGCGCUGCUGGGCUACCAGAUGUUCGCCUUUCUCUUUGCAUGGACCGAUGCCAACUGGCUGCCAAGGCGCAAGGCCAAGAUGUUCCGCUUCACGCCCCAGCCCGUGUCGUCGGCAUCGAUUUACUGGUGGGCUGGAAAGGAUGGCUUCGCCACGCGCGGAUGCGUGCUCGACCCGCAACUCGAACAGUGGUGGGAUGACAACUUUCCUCCGCUCGCAGUGUACAGUGGCGGAAUGGACUUUUUGGUCCUCACGGAUCCCCUGAUCGAACGCAUCGAAAAGAGGGAAAAGACAGUCAAGCUGCUCAGGUUCAAGAGACAGGACGAGGCCGAACACUGCGACCACUUCUGGGCCGCCGAUGCAGUCGAGUGGUGCUUCCACGACAUCCUGGAGGACAUCGAAAAGACAAGACCAAGGUAUCCAGAGGAACUCGAACAAGACGCCCUUGUAGACGUUUAA